CGCGGUGGUCCUUGGCUCUUUUCCUGGUUAUUCUCUUGUGGGGCGUCCUUCUCAGAGGCCUUGGCACUACGUUACCCAGAAGAUUGUGCGCCAAGGGGCAGCGACGUUAGUCCAAUGAAAACCCAGAAAGGAGGCGUUUCCGGGUCAGCGAACAUUUCGGGGAGGGGCUUCCGGCGCCUACUUGGCGGCCAUUUGGUUGCUGUGGAGUCUGUUGGCCACGUGAGAAGGUUGCGUGUCCCGUGAGGGGAGCGAGGUGACGGCCUAGAAGGCGCAGGAGGAGGCUCUGUCCGCGCUGCACGGGGGCGGGUGUGAGGGUCGGGGACACCGCCGCCUGCGAGGAGUGUCGGUGCCGAGCCGACGCGGUCACUAGGCUGCGGCCACUCUGCUCCGCGCAGAGGCUCGGAUGGCGGCGGCUGCGCUGAGGGUCGGGGCUCAGGGCAGUGUGACUUUUGAGGAUGUGGCCGUAUAUUUCUCCUGCGAGGAAUGGUGUCUGCUUGAUGAGGUUCAGAUCCGCCUGUACCUUGAUGUCAUGCUGGAGAACUUUGCCCUUGUAUCCAUGCUGGGUUCCUGUCAUGGAGUCAAGGAUGGAGAGACAUCUUCUGAACAGAGCGUAUUUCUAGGAGUGUCACAGACCAGGACCCCCAAAGCAGGUGUGUCUCCUGAGAAGUCCCAGCCCUGUAGGAUGUGUGUUCCAGUCAUUAGAGACAUCCUCCACUUGGCUGAACAUGCAGGAAGAAAUAGGGGGCAGAAAUCAUACACAUGUGGAGCAUGUGGGAAACAAUUCUAUUUCACUGCAAACCUUCAGCAGCACCAGAGACAGCUCGUUAGAGACAAACCCUUCAGAUGUGAUCUGUGGAGACCCUCAUUUUUGAAGACCUGCACAGCCCAUGCAUCAAGGAAUCUCUUUACCUGUAGGGAAAUUGGGAAGGACUUCUUGGCCAACAUGGGACUUCAGCAACAGGACGCUGAUCCCAGGAAGAAAGUAAACAACAGUAGUGAGUGUGGAGCUGUUUUUCAGAGUGGAAGGAGUCAUCCCAGCUGGGGAGAAUGCAGGAAAGCCUCCAGCCAGACAAAUGUGCUUGUUCAGGAUGGAAGAGCCCUCUGUAGUGAAGGGUUGUGUGAGUGCAGCAGUUGUGGGAAAGCUUGCACCAAAAAGUGUAACCUUAUUCAAGAGCUCCAGAAAGUUCCCCCUGAAGAAAACCCGUGUGAAUGCAACCAACGUGGAAAAUGUUACAGCAGGGAAUCCAGUUUCCUUACACAUCACAGAGUUCAUGCUGGAGAAGGGCCUUACAAGUGCAGCGAGUGUGGGAAAUCCUUUCGCCGAAGCCUCCACCUCAGUACGCACAGGAGAAUCCACACUGGAGAAGAGCUUUAUGAGUGCAAGGAAUGUGACAAAUCUUUUAUCCGGAGGUGCAACUUCACUCAACAUCAGAGAGUUCACACUGGAGAAAGGCGUUAUGAGUGCAAUGAAUGUGGAAAACUCUUUAACAGGAAAUCUAACUUCCGUGUACAUCAGAGAGUUCACACUGGAGAAAAGCCUUAUAAGUGUAGUGAAUGUGGGAUAUCUUUUAGGGGAAAGUCUGGCCUUCGUUAUCAUCGGAGAGUUCACACUGGAGAAAGGCCUUUUAAGUGUAAUGAAUGUGGGAAAUCUUAUAUUGGUAGGGCUGGCCUCCGUUACCAUCGGAGAGUUCACACUCGAGAAGGGCAUCAUGAAUGCACUGAAUGUGGGAAAUUUUUUGCUGACACCUACAGAUUCCUUACACAUCAGAGAGUACACAAUGGAGAAAAACCUUAUGAGUGCAAUGAGUGUGGGAAAAGUUUUACUGCUAGGUGUCGCCUUCGUUAUCAUCAGAGAGUUCACAGUGGAGAAAAGCCUUUUAAAUGCAGUGAAUGUGGGAGAUCUUUUAUUGAUAGGUCUGGCCUCCGUUAUCAUCAGAGAGUUCACACUGGAGAAAGGCCUUACAAGUGUAGUGAAUGUGGGAAAUCUUUUAUGGGUAGUUCUGGUCUUCGUUAUCAUCAGAGGGUUCACAGUGGAGAAAAGCCUUGAGCCCAGUGAAUGUGGGAAACCUUUUACUGCUGUCUGGCCUCUGUCAUCAGAGAGUUCACACUGGAGAAAGGCCUUAUUAGUGCAGGGAAUGUGAUAAGUCUUUUACCCAAAAGAGCCAUUUGCUUCAACAUCAGAAGGUUCACACUGGAAAAGGGGCCUUGUGAAUGCAGUGAAUGAGAACCACACUCGGGGUGUAGGAGUUUGAGGUGGUAAGAGGUUGGGAGGACGCAACUGCAUUAGGCCUGCAGCCAAGAGACCAUUUCUAGGGAGGAAACUGAGGCCCAGAGAGGGAGUGUCAUCUUGUGAACUCCCAGCUUGGACAGGGAUUUAGGAUUCAACGCCAGGUUGCCUCAUUUGAGGCAUGGAGAUUCUGGUCAUUGCUCUAGUUUUUCCCUCCCAACCCUCUGUAGAAACUCUUAACAACUCCUUGUCCAUCCUAACACCCUCUGUUGCCCCAGUCCAGGUGCCUUGCUCUUACACCCAUCCCGCGCUGCUGUACAGGAGGGUCUUUUUAUUCAGAGCCAACUCUGAUGGCAUUCUGUGAAUGACCCCAUUUGUCUAGACAACCUGCCAGGUGCUUAGAAUCUAUUAUUAUCCUCAUUCUGAAACUAGGGAUCUGCUGCUCAGUUUGAGGGACUUCCACAAGGGGACACGGCUGCGAGGGCAUUGAUGAAAGUGGUUCUUCAACACUCCACACGUCCACUGCCUUUACUUCUGUCCUUCCCAACAGGGACUCUCCUGCAGAGACGUAUCUGCCCCCCUCCCGCUCCGAAGUAACCACAACCUUCCUGAAGGGUAAAGUAUCUCCACCCAACCUUCUCCUCCACCUCCCCCAGUACGUAUCUUCCUGAAAACAUCUCUCCUGUGUAGUUCCUCAGAGGGACAGCAGCAUCAAGCUAGGCAUCCCCAGAGGGUAUUCAGCAUCACCCCAGAUAUGACACUGGCCUCAACUGCCAUAUGUAGUAGUUGGUUUCCAAGGACUUGUCCAUCAUAUUCACAAGUCUUGCAUCAUGAUAUCCCUGUCACCCAGUUUCUCAGUUGAUGAGGUCACUGGUCUGGGUACUGUGAGGCAGUGGAGGACUGAGUGUCCACUGUGGCUCUCACAUAUCCCCAUCCCCAAGGCUCUUCCCUGUCACCUUCUUACCUUGGCCCACUGCUCUCUUCACCUUACCAGGAUGAUGUAAAUUAUCAAAUUACAAUUGUUAAUCUGCAAGAGCUUGCCUGGGCUAUUGGGAACCACAUUUCAUCAAACUUAGAUUAAAAGCUGAGGGUAGGCUGACCACUUCAGUGGAAACUAAAACCCCACGAUAAAGUUAUUAUGAUUUUAAUUGCAUUUCUCCCAGGACUUUUGAAGUUGUGUUUCUUUUGUGUGUCUAUUAUUCACUUGUUAGUGUUCUUUAGUUAAAUUUCUAUUCCCGUUUUUGCCUGCCUUUAUUUUGUGAAUUUUGGCUGCUUUGCCUUUCAUUGAGAAGUAGGAGAAUAGGAAAUCCCAAAGACAACUGUUUGAGAUUUCACUCAUUGAGCCCAAUAAUGUGAAUGACUUCCCUUCUGCAUGGAAUAGUGAUUUGGAAUACUAAAAGAAUAUUUUCACAUUUUUCCUCAAUAUUUUCACUAUGCAUAAUGUAAUGGCCACAUACUCACAUUUAAGAUGAAUCUCCAUUAUUAACAUAUGUAUACUCCCUCACUCUUAAGUCCAGACAUUCAAUGACACAGAAAAUCAAACCCUUGUUUGUAGUGUUUGCCUAUUUCCCUGGUGUAAAUACUCCCAACAUAGGCAAUGUCAAACUGCCAACUUGAUAUCACUGAACAUGGGACUGGGAAUUACUGCUAGUAGCCCACCAUUACAUUUUUUCCACCAUACGGGUACAGUAGCUGCAAGUAAUUUUAAGAAUGUAGCUAAUAAACCAUAGAAAAAUGAUUAUAAAGUGACAGGUUUUUCAUAUUUGAUUUAAUAAUAGUUUAAUGGAUGUAUUGUUGACUUAAAAUUUCACAUAUUUAAAACGUACACUUUGAUGUGGUAUUCCUGUACAACUCAGACCAAGUUUCCUCUUAACAUUUUUAAGUUAUGUUCAAUAUUAGGAUUACUGAUGCAAGAACAUAUUCAACUUUUGUAAUGACUUUUUAAAUCUAUGUAUAAAUGUAAUGGCUGUGUGUAAAGCCUGGUGGACCCUUCCCCAAUCUUACAUCAUUUAUUAUUUUCAUA